CCGGUUGUUUUGCGUUUUGUGGUUGUAAUUUUUAAAGGAAAUGACAAACAUUGCAAUUCUUUGAUGAAUUCUUUUUUAUAACUGUGUCUGAUUAGUUAAAUAUUAAGAAAAAUACAAUGACUACUCCAGGCUCUAAAUCGGAUGACAUGAUGGAAGAGGAGGAAGCACGAGGUCAUUCUGGAGAAGAGGAAGAAGAAGAAGCAGAAAGUGGUGUAGAUUCUCUUGAAGAGAUGCAAAAAAGACGAAGCAUACAAAGUGGUCGAGGGGUUACUCUUUCAAUGCUCAUGAGUGAUGGUAUUUUAGAAGCUGGUGAAGGAUUUCUAACUAUUGAUUACUUGGGUGCUAAAUUUGUUGGCGAUUUACUUCCUGGUGGAAAAAUAAGGGCUCAAGAAACACAAAAAAUAUUCUCAUCUCCUAGUUCUUGGGCAAUCCAUUGUAAGAAACUUUUAAAUCCUGAUAAAAAGUCUGGUUGUGGCUGGUCUUCAAUGCGAUACAAAGGCAAAAAAUUGGAUACUUAUAAAAAUCUGUGGUUUCGUAAACAUAAACAAGAACAAGAAAAUAAUGCUCAGCUGUCUUCUCCUAGUACAAGUAGCUCAAGUAUCAAAGGUGGAGUACAUGCAGAACAUAAUGAAGAUGACAAGAAAAACAUUUCUCCAAAGAAGUGGGAAAUGGAUAAAAUGCAAAGUAUCAUCCCAAGACCUCGACCAUCUCCUCAGAAACGAAUCAUUGUUCCUCAUACAGUACUAGGAAACAGAUCUUUUGCUCAUGAUCUCAAUACACUGGUGAAAUGUACACCCUUUAGUGGUUUGGACAGAAUACAACCAUUUACAGUUACAAUAGCUACAAAUUGUUUGUUACUAAUAGAUUUCCACUGUCACAUAAUAAAAAAUGAAGUUGUUGGCUAUUUAGGUGGCAACUGGGAUAUUGCAUCACAUAAUUUGGCUGUUUUGCAAGCAUUUCCUUGUAGAUCUGGACUUGGUGACAAAGACAGUGCUGCACGAGUUGAAGACGAGAUUCGAAGGUCACUUGAAAGGAGGCACUUGUCUGUUGUUGGUUGGUAUCAUAGUCAUCCUACAUUUCCUGCUCAACCUACAAUCAAAGAUGUAGAUAGUCAAAUGGAAUAUCAAAUAACAAUGAAGGGUGACAGUGAUUCCUCCUACACACCUUGUCUGGGACUUAUUUGCUCUCCGUAUGAUCCUCAACGACCAUCCAUGGAAGCUGAUUACUUGGCAUAUUGGGUUAUGCCACCUCCAGAACAUCGGCCUCAUGAAUAUGGAAGACCAAUGCAGAUGAUAUAUAGCAUAGCUCAUGAUUCUUUCCUUACACAAGAUUUACUUAUGGAAAUGAGACUUAUUUCUGAAUAUUAUCGAUCAACUGGUGAAGCUCUGGACUUCAAUGCCAAUUAUUCCAAUGGAACCGGCUCCUACUGGGAAAAGUUGCAAUCUUCUCUCAGAACUAAAUUACCCAGAGAUCUGAUGGUGACAGGGGCCCAAUCAACUGCACAAGCUCAAGCUGUGACACACUUCUGGGACUUUCUGAAAGGCUUAAUCAUGACGCUUGAGGUUUCUAAAAGAAAAGAAAACCAAUACCAACAUCAUGAAAAAAGAAAAAAAUAGCUACUCCCAUAAUAUGACUUUGAAAAAGUGUGAUAUGAAACGUGCAGCUGUAGGUUGUUGACCAUAGAUGUUGUUGGGAUUUCAUUUGAUCAUCAUGUAUUUCAAGGUUCAGUAACAUAUGUCAAUAUGACAUUUUUUCGAAAAAAUUCUGUGAUUUUAUUUAUUUAGAGAGUCAACUUCUUAUAGUUUCCAGUAUGUGUUUUUUUAUAUUGUUAGUUGCAUUUUGUUUUGAAAAUACUUAAUUUGUUUUUGUAUAUUUUUUUUAGUAUUGAAUAUAUAUUAAGCUUUUUAGAACAUGCUUUUUUUUUAAAGAAUGUUUCUGAAGGUGCUUUUUGUGUUGCUAUUAGCUAUAAUGAUUUAAAAUUUAUAAGAAACUAUUUUCAUAUAUUAUUUUUAUAUGACAUUCCAUCUUUUAAAACUUAUAAAAUUUAAUCAGACUUUAAUCUGUUUUUAUUUGACCAUCUUUAAAUUAUUAUAUUUUAUUUAUUUUCAGAAAAAAAAUUCAAAUUUUAUUUUAUUUAUACUGCUAUGCCGAUGAAUAUGAAAUAUUUCAACUUUGAAACAGCAUUUGCAAAAUAAAUAAAUAAAAAAUUUUAAACAUUGAACUGUGUUCAUCUAUCACUUUAAAAAUAAAUCUAUUAAGUUACAAUGCCAUAAAUUCAUAAAUGCUUGUUGUGAUUGCCACUGGAAAUCGGUAUGAUAGCUAUAUCAUAUCCAUGUUCUUAGUUCUUUAAGGCUAAUUUGAAAUUGGAAGGUGGUAGCAAAGUUGAACUUUUACCUGCAUAGAAAAAAAAUAUUUGAGGAUUAACAAGGAUUUUUUUGUAAUUUAAAUGAAUUAAGAUACGGUGAAGGAUGUUUUCUGUAAAAUCUUUUAAUCUUUAGUUGUUGAGAUGUAACCUUUCAAAGUUUGGAAUAUUUUUUGUAAUCAUCCUUUUCUAUUGUUUAUUAUUAUAAAUUCUUGCUUGUUAAUAUUUUGAGUCAUUUGACACUUUUAUAUAUAUAAAUCAAAUGUAAUACUUGAUUUAAAUUAUUAAACUUUGUUUCUUGCAAUUUUCAAGAUUUUACAAAAAUAAAGCUUUAUUAAUCUAGAGGGUCAAAACUCAGGCCUUCAAAGUAUAUCACGGAAAGUUGGUUUUUCAGAGAAAAAACGCCAACCUUGCAGUGGCUGCAUUUAAUGUUUUUAGGAAGCUAAUUACAAAGAUUAAAAUUUUUUUCCCUUUCUUCUUAUCUUCGAAAACAAACAUCCGAGCUUCUGAAAUUUGAUAUACCUGUUUGCAUUUCAUUAAUGGAUUGUUUAGAUAAAAAUCACAAUUAAGUUUUAUUUUGAUUUUAGCAAUAUUAAUUUGAUUUGUUGGCAGUAAAUAAUGAUUUCAAAUUAAAUAUUGUAGAUAUCUAGUAUUUUCCAGUUUUCAUCGUGCAAUAAUUCUUAAAAUUAUUUAAAAAAUUUCUUGCUUCAAAUAUUUUUCAAUGGGGAAUAUGGGAACUUAUAUUUAUGUGGAAAUUAUUCUUUUGUAUUUUAUACAUUGUACUUUCAUAAACUAAUGUCAGGUUUGGCAAGCAAAUCUGGGGGGGGGGGACUGUUUUUUUCUUGCACAUAUAUUCAAGAUAUGAGGGAAUGCAAAAAUAGCACUAAUGUGCUAGUUAUAAUGAAAUAUGAUUUUAAAGAGUGGGAAAAGCAAGGAAAGGAAGCAACAAUUUAACAUUAUUUGAAAGAAUAGAAUAUUAAAAGACUUUUGAUAUUUACAUUUAAAAAAACUAUUCCUCUUUAUUAUCUAGAGUUUAAAAAGGCAAGAUUUAUAUAUUAAGGGGAGAUAUAUUACCUCUGAUGCUGUUUAAUUGUGAGUCACCCAAAAUUAAGGACUCAAGUGAAAUAAAGCACAAAGCAUUUUUGUUAUCAUGAUACAAAUCAUCUAAUGAUUACUUAACAAAAAAAAUUACAAAGGAAAAUUACUUUCGUUUAUUUACUCAUUUUUGCCAAUUCAUUUAUUUGGGCAUCAAUUUGUGCAGAUUUUUCAGUUACCAGUUUCAUAGAGCUAAUCCUUAACAAAUAUGGUAUGACAUUUUUGUAUGGUCCAUUUUUUUAGAUAUUUCACUUUCAGUGAACAUAUGUGAAAAUAUUUUCAAUAUAUACUUGAAUGCAUUAAAGAACGAAAGUGACGCAACAAGUUUUAAUGCCCAUAAAAAUUCAGCUUUAAAUUCUUGAAUUAAAAAGUUUGAAAUCGGUUUAUUUUCGGACAAGAAAUCUGACAUUUUAGAGACUUGACAUAACACCUUCACCUUCAUUUCUUUAGAUACAAAGUCUCAUAUUAAUUAUGACUUUUUUGAACUGACAUGCAGUUUUGUUUCCCUUUUUUGACACGACUAAUAAGAGCCUUUUUUUCCCAUAUUACAUAGGUUUAUAAUUUUCUUACAGAGCGAGCAGUACACAACAAAUGGAUUUUGCGGGACUUUUCGAACCCUUUCAGCAGAAUCAGUUUUGAUUUUUUUUUUUCUAUCCGUAUUAAAUACAGAUUUUGAGCAGGCCAUUGCUUUAAAAAUAUUCUCUAAUUCACUUUGAAUAAGCUCACAAUUUCUCAAAUGAUAAACAAACUUUCAAUAAACCCACAUGUGAGUGACUAAACAUCACCACUCCACUUCUGCAGAUUGAAUGUAACUAUUCCCACCGGAUAAAUGUAUUCUAAUAUUUCACAUAGUUACAGAAGUCUAGCGCAUGCUCAUUAGUUGCGAUUCGGGAAUCUUAUGGAAUAAGAGCAUAUAUCUUACAAAUCGUAACUGGACUGAUAUACACAGAAAAAAGGGGAAAGAGAGUAGAUAAGGUGCUAGUUUUCGCAUUACAUAAAGAAUUGUAUUGUUUUGUUUUUGCAAACGAUGACUGCUAUCUUUUUUUCUUGCAAUCUUUUCGGGAUCAGCAUUUUUUAGAUGGAGUGAAAAUAGCUAAAAAACAUAAAAUUCUCUGUAUUUUCCUGGUUAUUUUAGUCUAUUUUUAAAUUCCAUGUGUUUUCCAGGUUCUUCCGGUGACGUGAUAACUCUGUAAUAAUUUCUAUGACUAAAAUAUAAUUUUCUAACAAAAAAUUAUUUGCCUAUGAAGUUUGGUUCUCAUCGUCGAAUAAGUAUUAGUAUCUAACAUCUUUGAAGAUGAAAUUAAAUAGCAAAAAUUCUUAUAUUCUUUUUACGCAUUAAAUUGUUUACUGAUUUUUAUGAUGUUGUGCAAUAUUUUUCAUUCUAACCGUUAAAUAAUUUUAAAAAAUUGUUUUUUUUUUUUUUUUUAAAGGAAGAAAUUAUUAUUCUCCCUGCUUUAUUGCUUGAUUAAAUAUUUAUAUUUUUCAUGGUACUAUGUGCGUUUCUGGUAUCCCUCUUUUUAUUUUUAAUAAAUAAAAACAUUCCUAAUAAAAUUCCAUGCAUUGUAUAAAAAUUAUCAAAUAUCACUGUUUUUAUAAAGAAAUUAUGUGGAUACUUCAUAUAGUAAUUGACUUCAGAAUAAUAAAUGCAUGAACAUUUAAUUUGAACUCAUAAAAAGUGUUCAUUUUUAAUUUUUAAUAACUAUUAUUUUUA